GCUGAGACUGUUUACUUCUGCAAAGAAGAGUUAAGCAGAGCAGCCAACGAAAGGGGAAAAGGGCUGAAGCCCAGCCAUGUGGGGAGGGCUGGGUCUGGCCCUGGUUCUCUGUCUCCUCCCAGGAGGAGGGACAGAGAGCCAGGGUUCAAGUGCCCGUUGUAAAGAACCCCCAGAAUGGCAAAUCGAGGAGAGCAGUCCAAUGCAGAAUUCUAGGGGCUCAGUGACAGUGGUAGCGCUCCUCCAAGCUAGCUGAUACUUGUGCCUGCUGCAGGCUUCCAGAUUGGAAGACCUGAGAGUAAAGUUGGAGAAUGAAGGAUUGGUCAAUAUCUCAUACAUGGUGGUUAAUCAUCAAGGAAUACACUCCCAACUGAAAAUUCACACACUGAAGGAGAAGGUAUUGGAAAAUAUUAUUGUAUACCAGCAGGAUGAGAAUCAAACUGAUGUCUGGACUACCUUAAAUGGAAACAAAGAUGAUUUUCUUAUCUAUGACAGGUGUGGCCGUCUGGUGUAUCAUCUUGGUCUGCCUUAUAGCUUCCUGACUUUCCCAUAUGUGGAAGAAUCUAUUAAGAUUGCAUACUGUGAAUACAAGUGUGGAAAUUGCUCUUAUAUGACACCGGUUGUUGAAGAUAUAUGCAAAAACAUAUCUCAGACAGCCGACGAAAAGCCGGCUGAAGAAGCACCGAAGCCACACAACCACCAUUCACACCACCACAAUCAACGUAGACAUCACGGACACAGGCACCACCACCAGGAAGGGGACCAGCUUUCAGAAGAGCAGAAUCAACAGGAUUCUGCUCAAGCUCCGAGAAAUCAUUCCCACCAGAGCAGUCAACGUCAUAACAGGGUUGUGGGUCGUAAUAGACAGGGUCAGAAAGGUAGUCAACCAAAUGUAGAAACUGCCCCACAAAGAGAAGUGGGGAAAGUUCCUACACAAGUUAAGAGGCCUUGAAAAAAAGGAACUUCCAGCUGAAACAAACAGUUAACCUGAAACUGGCAGAAAGUGUCACAGUCAACUUCUAGUAGCUGAUGUUGACACUGCCGACACCUGUUGUUUGAAGAAUCAGGAAAUGCAGCCACCUGACACUGUCAGGGAGAACUCCCAUCUUCCUGCAGGUGACAUGGCCAGCUGUUAGCAGAGAACAUCACUGAAUCUUGACAGUGACGUCUGCCCACAGCUGCUUGACAUUCACCAGCAGCAAGUGAGCAUGAAACAUCUGACACCUGACAGUGAGAAGGAAAGACAGGAAACUGAGCAUGAAAAACAAACUAAACAUUUUAACAUCAGGAAAGAUCCCUUCAAUUUGAAUGCAUUUAAUUCUAAUACAACUUGUAAUAACAAACUUCAAACUUAUCAGAUUAAUACCCUAGACAGGAAAUGGAAAAGCGUAGAGAAGUUAAAAUAGAACACUGAAAACAAUUUGAUGUGUGUUAGAAUACCAUCAGUAGAGGGUUAUUUUGGUUUUUUUUUUAAAAAGUAAAAUUACCUAAGCCAUAGUUUGUUUUUUCAGUGCUAGUUGAAGGGUGUCUACAGUAUUUGGUUAAUUUGUCUUUCUUGUUUCUCUCCUAAUAUUCUGCUUGCAUUAGUGAGGACAGAAGCAUAAACUAUAACCUAGGGGCUUCUGUUUGAUAUUUAGCAACCAAGAAUAGAAGAAAGCCAGAAAAGACAUUCUAAUCAUGUUUUAUUACUUAUUUCUGAAGAACAGGAAAUAUUAAAAAGUUAAUUUUUUUCUCAACUAAAAAAGGAGCUAUGAAAGUGAUCCAAUCAUAUUGUUUUUGAUACAUAUGAAAAACUUAUUCAAGAAUAACUUGCCAUAACAAUGUUUUAUUUCAGCUGUAAACCAUAUGCCAAAAAUUGCAUUGUUCAAAAGUAAUAGUUUUUGUAUUCUUUGAUAUCUUAUAGUUUAAGGACCAGAUCCUGUAUCAGACUCCAUUAGCAAGGACCCCUGUACCUUUGUGAAGCUCUACUGAAGACAACAAGAUUCUGCAUGGGCACAGGGGGCAGUGUUAGUAGAUCUUGAUGUGGAAUCAGGGCGUGAAACAAGGUUAUGAAUCAAAUUCAGUCCUGGUAUAAGCAAACACAACUCUCACUGAAUUGUGCCUAUUUAUGCCAGGGUUAAAUUUAGCCACAUAUAUAGAUUAUCAGUGUAACUUACUAAUGAAACUUGUAUAAUGUCUCUCUUGGUGUAGUUAUUUUUACAAUUUGACUAUCUUAACUGAACUGAAAACAACGUAGUCUUUAAUUUGAAGGAUCAUGGAAGAAAGAAAAGAGAAUAGAGGUGAAUGCUUUGAAAGCACAUGCCAUAGUUAAUGAUGGUUUAAUAGGGAAACUGUGUCUCCUACAAAACCUGAAUCCUUUUAUGGUGAAUGCUAAUAAGCAAGAAAGCAGUACUGAAUAUAAGGAGAAUAUAGAUGUAUGGUAUAUUUGAUAAGAGAGUUUUCAAUAAAAAUAGAUGGCAUUCCA